GUAUAAAUCUAUAUUAAUUUUAUAGGAAGUUUAUGAUGCACUCAUAUACAGUCUAUGGAUGCACCUCGGGAGCUUUCCGUCCCCGUCCUAACUGCGCCUAAAACCACACAGAGAAACGUACUCUCGCGUUUUCUUACACCGACAGCUGGUCUCAUCACAACAUCAGCAGGGCGUUUCAGGAAACGCACACAGCAGCAGCCCCUCUUAUCUUGGAAUUGGUCCUCCCUGAAUGGGACAGCAGUUCCUUUCCAAACAGAUGACAUGAAAUGUUGAUGUGGGAAAAAUGAACAAACCCAAAAUGGCCACAGAGAAAGGUGUUCCCAGUAACUCCAGGGUACUGAUGCUCUUGGGCCAACUGGAGAGGAUGAAUGGAGAGCCCAUGGUGAGGGAUGUUGAAAUGGCAAGACAGAUCACUGCAAAGAUACUUCAUCUCAUACAGACACAGGAGAAGACCGGAAAAGAGGUGAUGUCCAAAGGUUCCAGUGGCAUGGAGGUCAUCCUGGCUUCAUUGGAGAACAACCGGGAUGUCCAGACCACUCUGAAUAUUUUGUAUAUUCUCAGUGAGCUGCUGACUGUGGGUCGAGGUCGCAGGGUGGGAGUAUUUGUGUCUAAAGGAGGAACAGGGAUAUUAUUCCAGAUUCUGAUCACUGCCAGUAAAGAGUUGCCUCCCAGUGAGGAACUCAUGCUGCAGCUUCACUCACUGCUGGCCAAGGUUGGCCCAAAAGACAGAAAGUUUGGAGUGAAGGCGCGUUUGAGCGGAGUGCUGAACGUCACAGUAAACUUAAUGAAACAGAACCUACAGAACACCAAACUGCUUCUGCCCUGCCUGCAGGUGCUCAGGGUUUACUCUACCAACUCGGUGAAUGCUAUUUCUUUGGGCAAGAACGGAGUGGUGGAACUCAUGUUUAAGAUCAUCUCGCCGUACAGCAAGAAGAACACCAGCCUGCACAAGGUAGCUCUGGACGCACUGGGAGCACUGCUCAAAUCCAAAACAAAUGCUCGACGUGCUGUGGAUGGUGGACAUGUGCCUGUCUUGCUCUCUGUGUACCUGGACUGGCAUCGCAAUGACACACGGCAUCGCCACAUGCUGAUACGCAAAGGGCUGCUGGUCUGCCUCAGGAACAUUACCAACAUCAAGCUCGGCAGAAAAGCAUUCAUCGAGGCUGAUGGCAUGAGGAUCCUCUACAACUCAUCCACUGAGUGUCUCCCGGUGCGGACUCUGGAUCCUCUGAUCAACACUUCGAGUAUUAUCAUGAGGAAGUGUUUUCCUAAGAACCGUUUGCCUCUACCCACCAUCAAAUCGGCCUUCCUCUACCAGCUGCCACAUGUACCUGCUGUAGGUCCUGUGGCACAGCUGUACAGCCAGCCACCUGGAGUGGAUGACGUGUUGGAUGAAAGUGACGAUAACGAGGAGACAGACGCAGACACGGAGAACGAUACUGAGAAUGAAGAAGACGAGAAGGACCGGCGCUCUGCGAAUGAUGACAUAGAGACGGACCUAAACAAGCUACAUCCCAAAAAGAAACCUGGGCGUCCUUUUGAGGAGUUGAGAGUCUAUGAGAGAUUCUUCUUGGAGCUUUCAGAAGACUUCCAGGGUUAUAACUUUGAAUGCUCAAAGAGUGUCUCUACCACAUCUUCAUCAUCAUCCUUCUCCUCAUCAUCAACCUCAGCUCAGUCCACUCGGCCAAUCAUAGUUCCCACAGCUCAAUCCCUGUCCCCAAAGCACGCUCACAUACCGAGCUCUCGGGAGGAUUGCAACCCUACCAAAGGAAAACAUACCCUGCCGUCGCCUUCUGUACCCACUCCUCCGGCUCCCCUAACUCCUCUAGAACUGGACAACAUCCAUCUCACCAAGGACCAAGACAAAAAACAGGAGGCCCACAUUCCUUCCCCUGAUGCACAUGCAACAUUGUCCUCCCUCUCCAGGCCUCCUUCUCAAGGGCAGAUGAUAGAACAGGAACUAGCACAUGUGUUGGAGUGUGUCUGUAUGGAAGAGGAGGGUGUUCAGAAUGCAGAAGGAGGAAGGGGAGUCAAACAAGAAGGAUCCCCUGUCAAUGCCACAAGACACAUACACUCUCCUCUGCUCUUGGGGGGUAUCGCUCCCCGUCGUGUGGGAGGAGGAGGAGGAGGAGGCGGCAGCAACUGGGGUUCAGAUUGUGGCUCAGAGGGUGCUGAGGAUGAUGGAGGGGAAGGAGCGGUUCUGGAGGUGCCAAACACGGCGCUGCUCCUCCCGCUGCAUGACCCCGACCUUUACGUCGAGAUGGUGAAGGGAACACACUCUGUACCCCGGUACGCUGAAGUGGCUUACCCAGACUACUUUGGCCAUGUAGCCCCAACAUUUAGGGAACCCCUUGUGGAGAGAGUUUACGGUGUGCAGAGGUCUAAGAUAUUCCAGGACAUUGAGAGGUUGAUUCAUCCUAAUGAUAUCCUGGAUAAAGUAGUUUACGACCUGGACAUUCCCAAUUGUCCUGUGAUUGAAGACAGUGGCGAAUCACUGAAGUUCAACUCUCAGUUUGAGUCUGGCAACCUCAGGAAGGCAGUUCAAGUUAGGAAAUAUGAGUAUGACCUUGUGCUGAAUUCAGACAUCAACAGUAAUCACUACCACCAGUGGUUUUACUUUGAGGUGAGCGGCAUGCGCGUCGGAGCUACCUACCGUUUCAACAUCAUCAACUGUGAGAAGUCAAACAGCCAGUUCAACUACGGCAUGCAGGUGCUGAUGUACUCCGUGCAGGAGGCGAUCAGUGGCAGGCCUCGCUGGGUCAGAACAGGAACAGACAUCUGUUACUACAAGAAUCAUUUUGCCAGGAGUUCCAUUGCAGCUGGUGGUCAGAAAGGAAAGUCUUACUAUACAAUGACCUUCAGCACAAGCUUCAGCCACAAGGAUGAUGUCUGCUACUUUGCCUAUCAUUACCCUUAUACAUACUCCACUCUUAAGAUGCACCUGUCCAAACUGGAGGCUUUGAGGACCCCUCAGAUAUACCUGAGACAGGACAUUCUGUGUGAAACCCUGGGGGGAAACAGCUGCCCCCUUCUCACCAUCACUGCCAUGCCGGAGUCCAACUCCAAUGAUCACAUCUGUCAAUUUAGGAACCGUCCAUUGAUCUUCCUGUCGGCCAGAGUGCACCCUGGAGAGACCAACGCCAGCUGGGUAAUGAAGGGCACGCUGGAGUUCCUGAUGAGCACCAGUGCACUCGCAGCCAGCCUGAGAGAAGCCUACAUCUUCAAGAUAGUCCCCAUGCUCAACCCUGAUGGAGUUGUAAAUGGAAAUCAUCGUUGUUCUCUGAGUGGAGAGGAUUUGAAUCGCCAGUGGCAGUACCCCAAUGCUGAGCUCCAUCCCACCAUCUACCACACUAAGAGCCUGCUGCAGUACCUUGCACACAUACAAAGGGCACCACUGGUCUUUUGCGACUACCAUGGUCAUUCCAGAAAGAAGAAUGUGUUCAUGUACGGAUGCAGUGUGAAGGAGACAGUCUGGCAGUCCAGUAUCAGUGCUACAUCCAGUGACUUACAGGAAGACCUUGGAUACAGGGCACUUCCGAAGAUCCUCUCCCAGAUCGCCCCAGUCUUCAGCAUGGCGAGUUGUAGUUUUGUUGUGGAGCGCUCCAAAGAGUCAACCGCCCGCGUUGUUGUAUGGCGAGAGAUAGGAGUACAACGCAGCUACACCAUGGAGAGCACGCUCUGUGGUUGUGACCAGGGCAAGUAUAAGGGUCUUCAGAUCGGCACCAGAGAGCUGGAGGAGAUGGGAGCUCAGUUCUGUGUGGCCCUGCUGAGGCUGAAGAGGCUGACGGGGCUCCGCAACCACCAACACCUGCUGGAUUUGGAGAGCGAUAUCAUUGGGACACAGUCUAAAGUGGUCAGCAGCAGCCCCACUACCUAUGUGAUGGAGGAGGACGAGCCGUCCUUUCUGGAGGCGAUAGACUACAGCGCAGAGAGCAACGAUGAGGACGGCGAGCCAGAAAAUGAGCACACCGGCGAAGUUCACGAGAUUCCCGAUCACCUCGAUCAGCUGUCAGACUCUGAGACAAAUCACCGGGACUAACACUGAGGUGUUCACCUCCUCUGUACCUAGCAGUUAGAGCUUAUAACCAGCCAGCGCUUGGGUUGUUAGCUGAUGUAAAAUGAAAGAUUUCGCUGGUAAAAUAGUCCGAACCCACACUUCUCACUUUGACUGGUGAAUAAAUAGCUUAGAUUUACACCUGAUCCUAUUAUAUAGAUAGUUAUGAUGGUACGUAGGCUAAGUUGGCACUGCUCAGGUGCUCUUUUCCCAACUGUGUUGCUCCAGAAGGUGCGUACUUCUCCUGCCUUUCAUGUCAGACAGCCUGAUUAAAGCCCUCACUAAGCAUCAAGAUUUCAGUGAAUGUUCUCACCUUUCACCGACAUACUAUAACCUUCAUGAACUGUAACCCCUGACCUCAGACACCAUAUAGCCUGAGAUUCACAUAUUGCUAGCCAGAGCA